AUGAAAAUCCAUACGUUGUCGCUCAUCGCAUUGACUGCCCUUUGGCAUACAUUUAUCACUUAUGCACACUGUGACGAUUUAGGAAGCGCUUAUGCAAGUGAUGCAAUCGUCGAUGCUGCCCUAGAGAGUGCAAUUGCUGACGCUGCAGCAGGGAGUGCGAAUGCUGAUGCUGCAGUACCUAAAGCGCCUGCAAAUGACCCAGCGCCAGGUAAAGAACCUGCCACGGGAGCUUCAGUGGGCAAUGGAAUAGUCAACGGAAUGUUAGGCGCAAUUGCUCACGUAGAUGGACCUGGAUCAGUAGAUGCUAACAAUGCAGCGAUAAUGGGUGAGGCUGUAGGAGGAUGGAUGGCACGCGCCUUAAUUAAUCUAGGCGAGAAAAUCUCCGACGCUAUAUCGAUUUCUAUUCGCAGAAAGAAACUAAAUGCAAAAGUUGAGGAAAGGAAAAUGAAGGAGAAGGAAAGGAAGGCUAAGGAAAAAGCAAAGCAAGAAAAAGAGAAGGCAAAGGAAGAGGCAAAAUUGGCUAAAGAUGAGGCCGAAGAGGAGACUAAAGAAAAAGCAAAGGAGGAACAGGAGAAGGCUAAAGAAAAGCCUAAAGACGAAACAAAAACUGAAGAUGACUCUGCAGAAGUGGAAAAAUCGAAGCCUAAAAAGGAAGUCAAAGAUCCAGCAAAGGACCUUAAGAAGGUAAGAAAAGAAAGGGUCAAGCCGAAAAAGCCAGUGAAGAAGCCUAGCCAGAAAGUAACUAAGCCGCGUAAAGAAGUUAAGAAGCCGACUGAGGAACCAAAACCGAGCGCAGAAGUAACUAAGCCGGGUAAAGAGGUGAAGACACCGAGUGAGGAAUCUAAACCUAGCGCUGAAAUUGUAUCGCUCGACCUGAUACCCUAA